AUGGGGAACUGUAACUGCAAGGCCGAUGAGGAGGGCAAGACCAGUGAGAUCCAGGUCUUCAAGACCGAGAUUGCCAUGGGCCCAAAGGUGAAUCGAAUGGACAGGAAGAGGGCCUUCAUUCGGCCACCCCCACGCUUGCCUCCAGUGGUGGAGCACGACUUCAAGGGAAGCAAGAAAGCCAGCAAACUGCCAAAAGGCUUGUUUGAGGAUGCAGAGUUCCCAGCCACCAACGAGAGCAUUGGAGGUGUCACAGGCGACAAUGCCAACCCCUUAGCUGACUACCUCAAGGACAUGAUGAAGUACGUGGUGCCUGGCUGGGCACGGCCGCGCCAGGUCAUUGGCAAAGAAGCCUUUGAGUACAAGCUCUUCGCCAGCGAGGGCGAGCCAUGCUUGUUCAAGCACGCCUCACCGCGGGAUAUCGAGCAAGGCUACCUUGGAGAUUGCUGGAUGGUGUCCUCCUUUUCAGCAGUCGCCGAGUAUCCCGACCGUAUCCGCUCGCUCUUCAAGCAGCACGAGCUGACGGCCGAUGGGCGCUACGACGUGCGGCUUUAUGAUCCCCAGUCCGAGGAGUGGAAGGUCAUCACCAUUGAUGAUCGGUUGCCUUUCUGGAAACGACCGGGGAAGCAUGGGAACCUUUGCUUUGCAAAGCCCACGAAGGAGAACGAGUUUUGGCCGUGUUUGUUGGAAAAGGCCGUGGCCAAGUUUGUGAAGUCCUACCACCGCAUCGAUGGCGGCUGGGAGUCGGUGGCCUUGGAAAUGCUGACGGGGAAGCCUUCGCUGUGCAUUCAGAUCUCCCCGGAUCUCGGAGGCACGCACGCACCCUAUGCCUUCCGCUGUGGGAAAGAUGAGGCCUCGGCGGUGCAUGCCACUGUGGCCAUGCGAGUCGAGAGCUACGAUGCUGACUGGGGAUAUUGGAGUCAGGACGCUUCGUCCUUCACCGACGGGGAGACCGAGCUGAGCGACGAGUGGCUUUGGGAUAAGCUGAAAGCCUGGAACCAGGAAGGCCAAGCGCUGGCCUGCAACACCCGGCAGAACUACAAGGGCAUUUUGGCGAACCACGCCUAUACGCUUCUUCGGAUGGAGGACGUGCCUUAUACCCGCGAAGGCCAGCAGAAUGUGCUCAGGUUGAUUCACGUGCGUAAUCCUCAUGCAACCAACGAAUGGUUUGGCCGCUUCCAUGAUGAUGAUUGGGAGACCUGGAACAAGUACCCGGAAGCUCUGGAAGCCACGGGACACAAGGUAGGCAUCAAGGACAAUGGUGUUUUCUGGAUGGACUGGGAUGAGUACAAGCAGGCUUUCUCAGACGUCGCGGUGAACUUUAGUGCUGAGGUGGGCGGCGCGCGGUACACCGACCUGUCCCCGGAAGCGCAGAAGCACCACGCGGCCGUGGCUUUCGGAACCGUUGGACAUCAAGCUUGGACCGGGCUGAAGUAG